GUAACAGUCCUCCCUCCUUAGAUUAUUUAUUGUCCCAAUAAAUUUUGUUUUUAACAGGAGCAUGAAAUAUGAGUCUUAAUCAAAUUAGUGUGAUAUUUUUGUGUCUAUGAAGGAGUGUAAAAGAGCUUGUGUAAUGUUUUGUCUAGAGACGCGCUAUGUAACUUAUCUGUUCUUCUGAGGUAAGUAAUUUUUGAUCCUUUUGAACUUUGAAAUCUUCCUUCAUGUGUGGAAUUUUUGUUGUUGUCAUCAUUUUUGAUCACGUAGUCAUCAUGUCGGACCUCGAGAAGUGGUUUGACUUUGUGUGUCCAUUAGUUUGUACUUGCAUCUUCAUCAUGAGUGACCGUUGCUCUUCAUCAGCUUCGACAAUUAUUUAUGAAGAUCAUAAGGAAAGGGCAGUGUCAAGCAGCAUGCCUUCUACUUCUUUUGUUCAAGGUGAGUAAUCAUUAUUUGAUAGGUGUAGUGACAGUUUGAUAAGAUGACAAGUGAUAACUCUGUAGACAUUAUUGAUUUAAUAAAUGAUAAUUCUGCAAGUGGUGCACAAUUUGAUGAAUCCAUUUUAGAAUUUGAUUUAUCAGUUUUUAAAAAUCCUUCGACUGAAUCAUCAGUUUCUGUAAAUAACGUAGUUUGUGAUACUUCUUCUGUUUCAAAAUUAGUUAAUCUUUCUCGUAGAUUACGUCGUGUAGAAGAAUUUCUAGGGAUUUUUCAUUUAGCUUUUUGGAAAGUAAAAUCUGUUGAUGCAGUAAAAACAAUAUUUACUAUUUGUCGCGAACGUUUAAAUUUAAGUGUCAAGGAAACUGAUUUUGAAGUGAUUCAGUCCUUAGAGCCUCGACGUGGUGGUGUUUUAUUGAAAUUAUCGUCUUCAGUUUUAAGAGAUACAAUUUUGUCAAAAGAACAUGAAUUCUUACGAGAAGGUUUUCGUGUUGCCGUUGAUUAAUUAUGAAAAUAAGGAUGGUGUUUUGGAUAAAAAUCCGCAGUUACAGGAAUUUUUGAAUAAGAUCAUGAACUUAACUGUGUCGAUAAUUCAUGAUCUACAGUUGAGUGAGAGUAUUUACAGAAGAAUGGAAGAGAAGCCAAAGAGGGGUCGUCCUCCUAAGGGAUCGAAUCAUAUUGCUGCUCCUGAGUUGAAAGAGAUACGAAAGGAUCAACUAUUACGUCUCAGAGCUAAUUCGAUUCGAGAAUCUCAUGAACUAUAUAGAUCAAUUGCAAUUUUUGCGGAAACUCCAAAUGUUCCUCAGGAUAAUGAAAGUGUAGAGAAUGAACGCCGCACUGGAUGUUCUUGUGAGCUUGCGAGGCAACACUGCAUUUGUUGUUUAACGAUUCUGGAUGCCUAUCAUUUUGAAGAGGGUGCUAAUUCUCAAUGAUUUGUUUGAAUUUACUUUUGUUUUGG